CGGAGUGUGGAGAGAGAACUCCGGAGGAACGGCUGGGCUGAGCAGCACCGAGGACAGCGCCCGGCAGAGUCCGCGCCCUGGUCUUGCUUGGCUUCCAAAACUCACACUCAAGCUUAGGUUCUCGCUCACCCCACACUCGCACGGACACGCUCGCACACACAUACUCACACAGAAAGACAGACACCUCGCUUUAAGAUGGCAGAAUACCACCUGCAAUCAUCCCUGAUCACAGCCUCACAGUUUUUCGAGAUCUGGCUCCAUUUCGACGCUGACGGAAGUGGUUACCUGGAAGGAAAGGAGCUGCAGAACUUGAUCCAGGAGCUCCAGCAGGCGCGGAAGAAGGCUGGACUGGAAUUAUCACCUGAAAUGAAAACAUUUGUGGAUCAGUAUGGGCAGAGAGAUGACGGAAAAAUUGGAAUUGUAGAGUUGGCACAUGUAUUACCCACAGAAGAGAACUUCCUGCUGCUCUUCCGAUGCCAGCAGCUGAAGUCCUGUGAGGAAUUCAUGAAGACAUGGAGAAAAUAUGAUACUGAUCACAGUGGCUUCAUAGAAACUGAGGAGCUUAAGAACUUUCUGAAGGACCUGCUAGAAAAAGCAAACAAGACUGUUGAUGAUGCAAAAUUAGCCGAGUAUACAGACCUAAUGCUGAAAUUAUUUGACUCAAAUAAUGAUGGGAAGCUGGAAUUAACUGAGAUGGCCAGGUUACUACCAGUACAGGAGAAUUUUCUUCUUAAAUUUCAGGGAAUCAAAAUGUGUGGAAAAGAGUUCAAUAAGGCUUUUGAGUUAUAUGAUCAGGAUGGCAAUGGAUACAUAGAUGAAAAUGAACUGGAUGCUUUACUGAAGGAUCUGUGUGAGAAGAAUAAGCAGGAUCUGGAUAUUAAUAAUAUCCCAACAUACAAGAAGAGCAUAAUGGCUUUGUCAGAUGGAGGAAAGCUGUACCGAACAGAUCUUGCUCUUAUUCUCUGUGCUGGUGACAACUAGAGUUGAGUGACCAUGACCACUUACUAGCGAUACAUUGUAUCUAAAAAAUAACUGUGCACUAUACAGGAGUAGGAAGUAUUUUCUUUUAUAUCUGUAAAUUUAACAGCAUAUAGAUUAUUAUCCAGGAUGUGUGGCACAUUCUUUUCAGCUAGUUUCUAUACUGUUUGUAAUGUACAGUUUUUGUAACUAUAUGAUUGAUAAGGAGAAUGUCUAUGCUUAGGCCAAUCCAUACAUCCAGUUAAAAAUAAAUAACCUAAUGCAAUCUUGCUUUCAUAAGUACAGUUGGUCAAGAUUUCCCCCAAAAUUCCACCAGGAUUAAUCUCCAAAUUUCCAGUCCCUGAUGCAUAAAUACAUAUUUGUUACUGAAUAGGAGAAUUAUACACAACAGGCCAAGCAUUCUUACUGUAGACAAUCAUAGAACUAUUCCACAAAAUAUUUCUAACCUAUGUUUCCGAUUAUUAGGAGGAAUGUGCUUUUGCAUCUAAAAUACUCACCAAAAUAUCAAUAAAUAGUUCAUUGUGGCUCUAUAAAGUUAACAGUCUCACUAGAGAAGAUUUAGUUUACUAAUCAACAUGUCUACUGCUUGAAUUCAUACCAAGCUAUUGGUUCAAGUUGAUUUGGUUACAAGGGAAGGAAGCACAGAUUUGACAUAUAGAUCUGUCUUGAUUCUCUAUCUGUAUUUCCAACAAGCGUCCUGUCAGAAAGUACAACCUUAAUCCAUUUUCUAAACUGUUUUCACAUGUUGCAGGCUAUAAUUAUUGUAGUCAAAUGCUGUUUUUACAUCAUAUUCUGUGCAAUCUAUAAUUAAAUUUAAUAUACUAAGUGUCCUGGUGUCUAGUUUGUAUACUUCCUGGAUUUUCUUUCUAAAUAGAACUGUUCAUUUCCACCAAGGGUAUGUGCUGCCUUUGAAAAUAUUUUUUUCUAGCUAUAACUCUAUUUUUUAUUACAUAUUGAAUUUUAAUGUAAAAUUCAUAGCAUCCUGAUUGUUGAAUGUUAUAUCAUAAAUACUUUUGUGUAGUCUGUGGAAUCUAUAUUUCAUAUUGAGAUCAGCAUUGAAAAUAGUUCUAUUUCUAUCUGCAAAUAAUUUUAAAUGAGUUGAAAAUAGCAUCUGGAGAAAAUGCUAAUGUAAUCAUUUAUCUUAUUUAGCAAAGGAGAUUCAAAAGCAUUUUAUCCAAGUCCAGGUUUCACAUAUUUGUAGCUUGAAUGUCCUAUACUGGUUAUAGUGGACAUAGACUGGUGGGUGCUUUCUGAUUCUUUGACUGUGAACCAAGAAACCAUGAGAGAUGUGUCCAUGUGAAAUCUGUAAAGUUACCACCAAAGAGCCAAUAGUGGUUCUGGGAUUAGCCUGAAUGUCCCCAAAGUCUAUAAAUUCAACACAGAUUUUCUCAGUUCACAGAAAUAACAAAGCAAACAACAACAAAAAAUGUGAGCUAUCUCUUUUCCCAAGAAUGAAAAGAAGAGAGGGCUGCCAAGAAAUAACAUUUACAAAUGAUGUAAGUAAGUGGUAGAUAGGCUUUGCCUCUAGUGUGUAAAUGGAAGCAGUGACCUUAGAUGGAAUUUAACUACUAAGAAAAAAUAAAGAGGAAAAUAAUCUUAA